CUGCUUGAAAACACAUUGCAUUUUUGACGAAUCUUAUUUUGGAUCAACUCGUAGAUCGUCCGCCCCGCCUUCACCACAGGCAGGGCAAUCCUGGGCUUUUGGACUAAUUUGAAAGGCGUAGGAUAAUUUGGAUAACAUUACUAUUUAACAGAGUAAGUCAAUCAAAAUGUUGCGGCUACCCGUGGUAAGGUUGCCCACAGGAUUGCAGAAUGGUAGAAUUUCAAUUGUGGGUUUGCAUACAUCAGCCAAAUUGCAACAGGAAUUGGUGGAAGUAUUUAUAGAUGACAAACCAGUCCAGGUUCCACCAGGGACAACAGUCCUACAGGCAGCUGCAAAAGUAGGAGUAGAGAUCCCCAGGUUUUGUUACCAUGAAAGAUUAGCCGUAGCAGGCAAUUGUAGAAUGUGUCUGGUAGAAAUUGAGAAACAAGUCAAGCCUGUUGCAGCUUGUGCCAUGCCUGUAAUGAAAGGAUGGAGGGUAAAAACCAAUUCUGAUUUAACUCGUAAAGCUCGGGAGGGUGUUAUGGAAUUUUUAUUAGUGAACCAUCCAUUGGAUUGUCCUAUCUGUGAUCAAGGUGGCGAAUGUGAUCUGCAAGAUCAGAGUAUGGCCUUCGGCAGCGAUCGUAGCAGAUUCGUGGAUAUUAAUUACACUGGUAAAAGAGCAGUGGAGGAUAAGGAUAUUGGUCCUCUAGUAAAAACCGUUAUGACGCGUUGUAUUCAUUGCACGAGGUGCAUUCGUUUUGCGUCGGAAGUUGCUGGUAUAGAUGAUUUGGGUACUACAGGUCGUGGAAAUGAUAUGCAAGUAGGAACAUAUGUGGAAAAGAUGUUUUUGUCCGAGUUAUCUGGCAACAUCAUCGAUUUGUGUCCUGUUGGUGCAUUGACAAGCAAACCGUAUGCCUUUGUUGCCCGGCCUUGGGAGACUCGUCGUACAGACAGCAUCGAUGUCCUCGACGCUGUUGGCAGUAACAUUGUAGUAUCACACAGAACGGGUGAAGUCCUAAGAAUCUUACCAAGAGUGAAUGAGGAAAUAAACGAAGAGUGGCUCUCAGACAAAGGACGUUUCUCGUACGAUGGACUGAAGCGCCAAAGGCUUAUAACUCCGAUGAUGAAAAUCAAUGGAAAACUGGAAGCUGUCGAAUGGGAGGAUGCCCUUGUAGCAGCUGCCCGAGCUGUUCAGAAUAUACCACAGAACAAAUGCGCUGCGAUCGCUGGGAAAUUAGCCGACGCUGAAUCUCUCGUAGCUCUGAAAGAUUUAGUAAACAGGCUCGGCGGUGAAACACUGGCGACGGAACAGACCUAUCCGAAAGAAGGUGCUGGUAUCGAUUUAAGGAGCAAUUACAUAUUAAAUAACACGAUUGCUGCGGUGGAGGACGCAGAUGUUGUACUGUUGAUCGGUACUAAUCCAAGGUACGAAGCGCCGUUGGUAAACACCCGUUUAAGGAAAGGGUACCUUCAUGGUGAACAGACCAUCGCACUAAUCGGUCCAGAUGUAGAUUUAACGUAUGAACACGAGCACUUGGGCGACACUGCAGACAUUAUACCACAAUUAAGAAACAGUUCUCAUCCGUUCUCGAACACUUUGAAAUCCGCGAAAAAGCCGUUAAUUAUCUUGGGCGUUGAACAGUUGACCAGAAAGGACGGGGCUAAGAUUUUGUCUGAGGCGCAAUUGCUGGCAAAGUCUUUGGGAGGAAAAUCGACGGCUCCCGAAGGAUGGAAGAUAUUAAAUAUUCUUCAUACAAAUGCGUCACAAGUAGCAGCUUUGGAUGUUGGCUAUUCGGCCACGAUUGACGAUGUAAAAACGCAACAGCCGAAAGUUCUCUUCUUAUUGGGAGCUGAUGAUACUAACAUCAAGAAGGAUGAUUUCCCGAACACUUGCAUCAUAUACAUAGGUAGUCACGGCGACGAGGGAGCUUCGAUCGCAGAUAUCAUACUUCCCGGAGCUGCGUACACCGAAAAAGUCGCGACAUAUGUAAACACAGAAGGCCGCGCGCAACAAACUUGUGCCGCAAUUACACCUCCAGGUUUGGCUCGACCGGACUGGAAGAUUAUACGGGCACUUUCCGAGAUUUGCGGAGUUCGUUUGCCGUAUGACGACUUAGGGGACUUGAGAGCCAGACUGGAAGAAAUUGCCCCGCAUUUAGUUAGGUACGGCAACAUAGAACCGGCGAAUUACUGUACUCAGGCGUUGGAAUUAUCAAAGGGUGUGGGCGGCACCUUGUCUUCGAGUCCAUUAGAAGUCAAGCAGAAGACGUUGGAUCAGUUUUUCAUGACCGACGCUAUUUCUCGCGCUUCUCAAACUAUGGCAAAAUGCGUACAAGCAGUCAUUAAGCAACGAGAAAGUGCAGUAUAGAUGUUCCGAUCAUGUUUUAUGUAAAUAGAAAAAUCUACGAUGGUAGAUACGUAAUAGCACGUGAAGGUGCAUAGGAAUUACGUUACUUUUAUUAAAUAUAUGUAAGUAUUAUUUAAUUAAAAAAUGAUACAUAGUAAAUUAUA